UUGCGGUUAACAAUAUCUAGUGGUAGUUGUACCUUAAAGCCUUGCAUUCUAAAAACUUAGGAAAAACUCAACUCAAUACAAAAUGUUCAAAUUGAUCGUUACUCUGUCUGCACUCUGCGCCGUUGCCUCCGCCGGCUACCUUGGUGGCUAUGGACUCGGCGGUCUUAGCGGACAUGGUGGUCUAGGCUAUGGUUUGGGUUAUAGCGGCUACAGUGGCAUUGUUGCACCAGCUUACCAUGCACCCGCCAUUGUGGCACCCGCACCAAUUGUGAAGACCUACAGCGCGCCCAUCGUUGCCGCUCCAGUGGUGAAGACCAUCGCGCCAUUGGCCACAUCAUAUGCCAACACCUACAAAGUGGCCACCAAGGCUAUUCCAGUAGUGCAUGCCGCACCUGCUCUGGUGCAAGCUGCGCCAGCUGUUUAUGCCGCACCCGCUUACCACGGUUCCUUGGGAGGUUAUGGUCUGAACUAUGGCUAUGGUCAUGGUUUGUUGCAUUAAGGAGUGAAUUUGAAGAGAAAAUGGUGAAAUGAUCGUGUGGACAAGGAUAUGACAACGGCUAAUGACUAAUCUAACGUUAAAAAAAAACAUAAAACUAAUGCCAGCACAAGAAGGUGUACGGCGCGUGCCGUAGAGCUUUGUAAUGUGAGAAAACAUUUUCUGAUAUUGAUUUUGCCAGCAGCGCAAAUUCUUUGAGAGAGACUGGAGUGAGUACAUAAUGCAGACUAUUCAUAGAAAUAAGAACAGCGAGCACUCAAGUGGUAGCCACUUUUGCAGUGAGUGAGCAGAGCUGAGCAGAAACUACUUAACUGCCAACAACCGACGAGUAUUCUUUUCCGCAGAGGUUUUGUUUGUUUGUUUCGUGUGUUAAAUUUUGAGCCUAAUUUUUAAGUAUUUUUGUAAUAAAUUGUUGAAACGAAA